AUGGAGAGUGGAGCAGGAAAGCAUUGGACUGAAGAGGAGGUUAAAGCCUUGUUAAGUGUCUGGUCAGAAAAAAGCAUAAGAAAGCAACUUCAUCGAACACUAAGGAAUAAAGGAAUAUUCAUCUACAUUGCUAAAAGACUACAGGACUUCGGGGUUUACAGAGACUGGAAGCAGUGCCGGGCAAAGUACAAAAAUCUGAAGUAUGAAUACAGAACAGUUAAAUAUGCCCACAACUCUGGAGAUGCUACGAAAACCAUGAAGUUUUUUCAUGAUCUGGAUGCCAUAUUGCAAUAUGAACCUGUCACACAAUUAGCAGAGGAAGAAAACGGCAGGUGCUCUGCGACUGAGACUCAGCUGACAAUAAGCACUACUACAGAGAAAACUGAAGGUGAAAUGUCAGUUGCAUUAGAAGAGGAUGAGGAUGUCUCAUCGGAUCCAUUACUUUUUAUUUCGCAUGUCAGACCAAUUGAACUAGGUAACCCGUAUCUGUGUCUCUCCACCACCCCACAUGAUGCAGGUAAUCCAACCUCAGCACUAGACGCUUCCAAAAAUCCACCUUUUAUUCCAACGGUAGCGAGCGAAGGAGGAAAACACUGGACUGUUAAUGAAGUCAGAGCUCUAAUACGCAUAUGGUCAGACAAAAACAUCCAGCAACAACUGGAGGGCACAGUGAGAAAUAAAAGAAUAUUUGAACAGGUUGCUGCUAGGCUUCAAAAAUUCGGAAUUGACAGGGACUGGAAGCAGUGCAGAACAAAGUAUAAAAAUCUAAAACAUGAAUACAAGAGCGUAAAAAACGCCCAAGACUCAGGGAAUGUGAAUAAAAGUAUGAUAUUCUUUAAUGAACUGGAUGCUAUUCUGGGACACAGUACUGUUGAACAAUCAAGUAAAUCAGAUAACAAUGAAGGCAAGAGGCCUACAGAAUGGACAGAAGCUAAUACAGAAAAGGACUCCAUAGAAACAUCAGGAGACACGGGUGAAGAGGAUUCUGUUAGUAAUGUUUCAGAAGACCUACGAGUUAUAGAAAUAAAGAAAUGUUCUAAAUCAGAGCUCCCUGCAAAGUUUGAUGAAAAUAAUACUGUAUGCAAUAGGUUGGAAGGCCCAAGGACCACACACAUAAAAGAAGAAGAAACUGGUUUAGAUGUUUCUGUGAACACUACCUCAGAGAACCUAGCAGUUCCAUACACACUGAAAGAGACUGCUGUGAUAAAAAUCUCUGAAGAUGAAGAUGACUUCAUCAAUUCCACCCAAGAAGAUCUGGAAGCCACACACAUAAAGAAAGAGACUGUUGACAUAGAUGAUGAUUCUGUAAGCACUACCUCAGAGGAUAUACCUGGUCCAUCAGUAGCAAAGCAGAGAGUUGGGACAGACAAUCAAAUUCCCUUGGAUGAUGCACAGAGUCACUUUAGAGUUAUUACAGUUACUGAUACGGGUGCAGGAAAACACUGGAGUGAUAAUGAAGUCAGAGCUCUGAUAAGCAUAUGGUCAGAUGAGAAAAUUCAACAAAUGCUUGAAGGAGCAACAAGAAACAAGGACAUUUUUGAGGAGAUUGCCAGAAGGCUAAUGAAAUGUGGAAUAGAUAGAGACUGGAAGCAGUGUCGCACUAAGUACAAGAACUUGAAAUACGAAUAUCGGGCACUGCAGAAAGAAAAUGAUCAUCUCGGUAAUCCCAGAAGAAAGAUGAGGUUUUAUGAUGAAGUUGAUUCUAUCUUAAGAAGACAACCUCUAAAUUCAGCUAGCUGGGAAUGUGAAAGCUCUAAUCUCAUAUCAGAUUCAGUGGGAGAUGUUACUGCAAACAUAGGACCCUUGGGUAUCAAGAGAAAAGCGUCUGAUGAUGGGCCAAACAUUCCUCAUAAGAGGAGUGCUUCUGAAACCACCGUAGUCCAAUUUCCGAGAAUUCUAACAGAGAGAGGACAUACAGCAACAGAAGGCAAAAAAUCACUUUUAGAAAGGCUUUGUAAACAGGAGGAAAUGCCAGACAUCAAGAGAACGCAACUGUAUGGUAAUCCAUCAUCCAUACCACAGGUGCCCGCCGCCGUCGCCAUGGCCCCCGCCGGCGCAGAACUGAAGAUCGGGAAGAAGGUGUCGGAGGGGAAGACCAAGGCGGUGUUCGAGCUGCCCGAGCUGCCCGGCUGCGUGCUCAUGCAGUCCAAGGACCAGAUCACGGCUGGCAACGCGGCGAGGAAGGACCGGCUGGAGGGCAAGGCGGCCAUCUCCAACGCCACCACCAGCUGCGUCUUCCAGCUGCUCCGAGAAGCGGGAAUGAAAACUGCUUUUGUCAGAAAACACAGUGACACUGCAUUCAUUGCAGCUCAUUGUGAAAUGAUCCCAAUUGAAUGGGUAUGUAGAAGAGUUGCUACCGGCUCUUUCCUGAAAAGAAACCCUGGCGUCAAGGAAGGAUAUAAGUUUUACCCACCCAAAAUUGAGAUGUUUUACAAGGAUGAUGCCAAUAAUGACCCACAAUGGUCUGAGGAGCAGCUAAUUGAAGCCAAGUUCUGCUUUGCUGGACUAAUCAUUGGCCAAACUGAAGUGGAUAUUAUGGCCCACUCCACACAAGCUAUUUUUGAGAUACUGGAGAAAUCAUGGCAACCCCAGAACUGCACGCUAGUAGACCUGAAGGUUGAAUUUGGUGUUAACAUGUCUACAAAGGAAAUUGUCCUUGCUGAUGUUAUCGAUAAUGAUUCUUGGAGGCUGUGGCCAUCUGGUGAUCGAAGCCAGCAGAAGGACAAGCAGUCUUACCGUGACCUAAAAGAAGUGACUCCAGAAGCACUGCAGAUGGUUAAGAGAAACUUUGAAUGGGUUGCAGAAAGAGUGGAGUUGCUGUUGAAGACAAAGAGCCAAGGGAGAGUUGUGGUGCUAAUGGGAUCACCUUCUGAUCUUAGUCACUGUGAAAUGAUCAAAAAGUCAUGUGCAAACUUUGGAAUUCCUUGUGAAUUACGUGUGACAUCUGCUCACAAAGGGCCAGAUGAAACUCUGAGAAUCAAGUCAGAGUAUGAAGGUGAUGGAAUCCCAACUGUGUUUGUGGCAGUAGCAGGCAGAAGCAAUGGUUUGGGACCAGUGAUGUCUGGUAACACUGCAUAUCCAGUCGUCAACUGUCCUCCACUCUCUGCAGAUUGGGGUGCUCAGGAUGUGUGGUCUUCUCUUAGACUACCCAGUGGUCUUGGCUGUUCCACUAUACUCUCACCUGAGGGAGCUGCCCAGUUUGCUGCCCAGAUCUUUGGUUUAAGUAACCACUUGGUGUGGGCCAAGCUGCGUUCGAGCAUGUUAAAUACAUGGAUCUCCUUGAAACAGGCUGAUAAAAAACUUAGAGAAUGCACCUUGUAAAUGGUUAAAGAAACCAACAAAUAUUGGCUACUCAGAAACAAUGGCACGUGCACAUUUGUUUUCACACUAAAAUUUUCUUUUGGAUGAGAUGGAAAUCCUAAAUUCUUUCUUGUAUAAGAGAGUGUUUUGUCAGGAUAGUUGCUCAAGUCUGCAAUUAGCCUCUUUUUUAACAUGAAAGCAUUGUCCAAAUAUUGAUCAAAUAUUUGUAACUAUCCUUUCUCAGAAUAAUGCUUUUUUGCCUUUCUCAGUGUAUACUGUUGGCUAUAUUCAACAUUAGUGUCAGAGUAAUGGUUUAGUACAAUCUAUGCUGGAAUCUAUUACUUUUUCCCUUAACAGUAUUACUAUGGAAUAGUAUUACUGAUAAGUCUCAGAUUUAUUAACUCAAAUGGACUGCUUCAUACAAAACAAAACAUGCUUUAUUGUUCCUCUGCUCUGUUAUGAAAAUCUGUGCUCCCAUAACAAUAACAUAGCAAAAGCUUGCGAUCCUAGCUAGAAAAUAGUUUUGGAAUGUGCUUGGACAUCAAGCCUUCCUAUCAGGGGCAGAUAGGAGCAUAUGUAAGAAUACUGGCCCUAUUGAAAGACACUAACAGUCUAGCUUGCAAUACUUCCUGAAGAAGUGAUCUGUUAAUGCUAAGGCUCCUUAUCCAGCUAUGGACAAGAGAUGACCCUGGAGCAGUGUAAAUAGGAACUCAGAACUAGGACUUUGCCUAUUUCCUUAACAAUUUAAGCCUUUUGCCCUCUUAAUCACAGAAGAAUAUUUUCCAUUUAGCUGUUUCUUGCUUUAACUGGCUUCUGAUAUCCUAGAUGAUGUCUUCAAACAAUUUUUAGAGGAAUUUGGAUUGUUUGAGAGAUAAUCUUCCCCCUCUCUAAGUUGGUUGCUAUGGAAACUUUAUCAAAGUGCAGGUGCAAAUAAAUUGUAUGUCAGCAAAUACUGAAGAGAUUCUUCACACAAAUAACUUGUCUGUUUUUAAUGAGGUAUUGAUUCUAACAGGUAUGCAAUUUCCUAAUUCAUGUAACAUUGCAUCCUUUCAGCAUUACAAAUAAACUAU